AUGUUGAAAACAUGGAGUCGCAAGUCUCAACUGCAAGACAGUGGUUCGCCUUCCUCCGAGGUCGGUGAGGUCAUCGAUGAUCCUGCCUCAUCUCACGAUGCUGUCUUUGGCGACAUAUCGGGGAAAGGCCCCAACUACCGAAAUGUGGGAUGGCUUGGUACUGUAGCCCUCAUGAUGAAGACACAAAUCGGACUUGGCGUCCUGUCGAUCCCCGCGGCGUUCGACACGCUGGGUAUCGUCCCGGGUGUCCUCGUCUUGUGUGCCAUUUCUGCCAUCACAACAUGGUCGGACUACAUCGUCGGCGUCUUCAAGCUUAAGCAUCGCGAGGUGUACAGCAUCGAUGAUGCUGGCCAGCUUAUGUUUGGCCGCAUCGGUCGGGAGGUUUUGGGCUUUGCAUUCUGUCUUUCUGGAUCGGGCAUGCUGGGCAUCUCCAUCGGUCUCAAUGCUGUGUCCACCCACGGCACUUGCACCGCAGUAUUUGUCGCCGUGGCCGCCAUCGUUGGGUUUCUCUUCGGAAGCAUCCAGACCCUCGGUCGCAUCAGCUGGCUGGCAUGGAUCGGUCUGAUUUGCAUUCUUUCAUCCAUUCUCACCGUGACUGUCGCAGUCGGGAUCCAGGACCGCCCCGCGUCUGCGCCACAGACUGGCGAAUGGUCCUCCGACUUCAAGAUCAUCAACCACCCAUCCUUCACCGAGGCGAUCACGGCGGUAUCCGCCAUUGUCUUUGCGUUCGCCGGCACACCUGCCUUCUUCGCUAUCGCGUCGGAGAUGCGCGACCCCAAACUCUACACUCGGUCCCUCAUCAUCUGCCAGUCAGGCGUCACGGCCAUCUACAUUGCGAUCGGCUGUGUUGUGUACUAUUUCUGCGGCUCAUUUGUGGCGUCGCCUGCGUUAGGGUCUGCCGGAACAACCAUGAAGAAGGUGUGUUAUGGCCUGGCUCUGCCGGGCUUGAUGGUGACGACCGUUCUCGUGAUCCAUCUUCCUGGAAAAUACAUGUUCGUCCGCUUCCUCCGCGGCACCAAGCACCUCGCGUCCAACACAAUCAUUCACUGGGCCACUUGGUUCGGGUGCACCUUUGGCGUGACGGCCAUCGCCUACAUCAUCGCCAGCGCCAUCCCCGUGUUUGGCGGCCUCGUGUCUCUGAUCGGCGCGCUGCUCGGUACCUUCCUGUCGUUCAUGCCAAUGGGUUGCAUGUGGCUCUACGACAACUGGGCCAGGGGCAAGACGGAAAAGACGUUGGAGCUGGAGGCUGAUGGUUCUCUGGAGCGUCUUCGUCAUCGUGUCUGGUACAUUCCUGAUGAUCGCGGGAACAUACGGGUCUGUCGUGGGUAUCAUGAAUUCAUACAAGGAGUCUGGAGGUUCGGCGGCGUUUUCGUGCGCCGAUAA